GAUUUACACCCACUUGACAAUAUGGCUCAUGUACAAGGUCACUAUAAAGCCAUUGCUCAAGAAUAUGACUUCUUUUAUGACCAUAUGUAUGAAGAACUGGCUGAAAUAUCUUGUAAGUGGCUCAAACUACUACCAACUGAUUCACUGGCUGACAUUGGAGGUGGUACUGGAGCAAUCAGCUCUUUAAUAUGGAAGAAAGCAAAUCUUGGGCAACCAGUACUAGUUGUAGAUCCAAGCCCUGACAUGUUGGAGCCAGCCAGUAAAAGGGAAGGGGUCCUCACUUUGGAGGCUACGUUUGAUGACUUAAUAAAUUCAUAUCCACACAUUAUCUCAAAAUAUAACAAGUUUGUUUGUAUCGGUUGCAUUCAUCUCUUCCCUCACCUUGAAGCCUCAAUGGCUGCGUUUUACAAGCUACUAAAGCCUGGGGAUCAAUUGCUGAUUGUAGAGCAUCCAGAAGUCUUAGUCUGGAAAGAUUUGAAGACAAGAUUCAAUUCACUGGAUGAGAUUGAGGAAUACCUCAAGCAAGCUGGUUUUAGUGUAGAAGAAAGAGGAGAAGAGUCUCAUUCUCAUAGCUACUCAAGAGAAAAGUAUUUUUACUCUCUACGUCAUCGCUGCUACACAGCACUAAGCUUACUUACUGACAAAGAAAUUGAAUUAGGGAUCAAGAAACUGGAUGAAACUGUUUUUAAGGGAGAACCAUUCAAAGAAUUAACUGAUUAUUAUUAUAUGAUAGUUGCAACUAAAACAUAACUGUGCGUGCA